AUGAAAGCACAUAACGAUCAAUAUUGGAAUUUUAAGUCUAAUCUCUACUUUUUCCACAAUUUAAACAAGGAAUACUCAUUUUUACAAAAAAUUUCAUCAACCUGUAAUUGGAUGAUUGCUUUGCAAAAUUUAUUUAAGGAAUUAGAUGAGGGAAAUCAGGAUAAUGAAAUUUUUAAGAAAAUGUUUUUUAAAUAUUUUAACUUGCGAUUGUUUGAUUGAUUUAGCUAUUUGAAGCAUUUUAUAAAGAUUUUUUUUACGAGCAGCGGACAGAUUGAAGAUAUUGCUAAAUUAUGAGUUUGCCUCCCUGAUGAUUCUUAUAAGCAAGAGGAAGAAAUAAAGAAAGACAUCAAUAAAAAAUAUGAUCUCUUAUUCAUCUCAUCUAAAAAAUCCCAGCUAAGCAUCAAAAAUGAAAUCACUAUUCAGAAUUAUCAAUAUUCUUUGGUGUCUGCAAUAUCAUUUCCUUCAAAAAAGCUUUUUUUCAAAGACAAGGGCAACUGAUCUCAAUUAAAUUGUUCACUUAACAUAAGUAAACUUGAAAAAUUUCCCCCAGAACUUCAAGUGUCGUUUUUAUGUUUUAAGUAUGAGAGCGAAAUCAAAGAAAAAGUACCAAAAAAACGAGCUAAUGAAGAAUAUUCUUCAGAAGAAAAAAUUAGAAAAAGAAGACCAUUAGGAUAUUUUUCAAAAAUUGGAAUCCCGAAUAUCGGAAACACUUGCUACUUGAAUUCUGUUCUACAAAUUUUAGCUUCAACUCCAGGGUUUUCAGAAAAUCUUUCACUGCAAACCUCUCUAGAAAUAUCUCUCAACAAAUUAUUAAAUUCAAUAAAAUACCGUUCAGCCAAUAGCGUUGAGAGAAAUGCAGAAACUUUUAAAACUGAUCUUGGGCAGAAUUUUCCUAUGGUAAUUUAUAUGCAGUUUUUAGGAUACGGGCAAAAUGAUGCAAAGGAGCUAUUCGUCCAAAUUAUUUCAUUUUGUAAUGAAUUAAACCCUCAAAAUCAUUUUUUUGAAGUCUAUAUUGAUCAAAUGUUCGAAUGCCAUAACACUCAUCUUCAUAAGAGCUAUAAUUGCGAAACAGAGCUGUUUAUGACUGUUCCUCCGCAUUAUUUAAACAUUAAAAAAUACUUUGAUGAUAAAAGGUUGCCUAAGAAAUAUAUCAAUCAAAAUCAGCUUUACUGCCAAAACUGUGAGAGAUUAGCAGAUACGACAUUAAAUGUUUUGGAGAUAAAAUGCCACUUAAAUUUAGCAUUUUAUAUGCCAAAAAGAACUAGCAGCUUGAUGAGCAUAAGGAGGGAAUUUAAGGAAUUUAGGGAAAUAGAGCUCAAUAAUGUAAGUUAUUGCUUGUAUGGCAUAAUUUGCUAUUAUGGAGUGAGCACUUAUGGCCAUUAUAUUGCAUAUACAAUAAAUACAGAAGGAGAAUGAGAAAAAUAUAAUGAUAUAUCAGUAUCAUAUGAAGACCCUGACUUUGAUAACGCUUAUAUGCUAUUUUAUAAAAGAAAUUAG